CUUAGCUUGUGUUGUUUGUACUUGAAGAAACCGUUACCGACAUGUAUUUAGAUGUGGGACAUGGAUUUAUAGACGUCGUGAGAAAUAGGCAUGCAAGCGCAAGCAGUGUCUCAAAUGGCCUGUGCUUGGUUGGCUCCUUUUUGCUCCUCCCGCCUAACCACUGUAUGUCAGCUGCGCAAAUUCACAUGUGGAGUCAAAACCUCAACUCAAAAGUCCCACUUUCCAAGCAUCUGGGCAGGUGCGAAACGGGAACGCAAAAAUGUCUCGUCCUUUGUUUCGCCUAUUGCCAUUUCAGCAUCCCAUAAUGUCUCGCAUAUAGUUGUCUGGUUCUCCGAUGAGCGUUGCCAGUGCCGGUCCUCAGCUGAUCUACCAGUGACGUCUGCAUACUGCCCCCUCCCAAAUCGCUCGCUGUAGUUGCUUCUCGGAGUACCACAAAAUCUUUCGCAAUUAACAACUCACUACAUAACUCAAACUCAAACUCAACAUGGCCCAAGCUGGUGCUACGGCGCCUACCGAAGACAACCAAUGGAGUGGUGUUGAGGACACCAUGGGGGAUCCAGAA